AUGCUCGAAACAGCAGUAAUUUUCUCGUCGCUCGUAUUCGGCGUCUAUUCGUACUAUUCAUGUCCAAUGGGUCUUGGCGGAGGGAUGAUGGGGAUAAACAGUGGAUACGGUGGAUACGGCGGGAGACCCUGUGGCCAAGAAUCAAUUUUCCAUCACUACCGCUGCUGCGACUAUAAUCAAUAUGAGUGCUGUGUGGAGCUCGAGACAUGGUUCAUUAUCUUCUUAAUCAUCGUCGCAAUCUGUCUACUCGUUUGCUGCUGUCUCUGCAUCGGAGGAGCCAUCUUCGGAUUUCAGAGGGCAAACAAC